UUUCUUAUUUGGAAUUUGCUGAAAUGAAAACGCAAAUUAACUGUUCCCUGCUUCCGGGGCGCAGCAAUCGUUGAUUCAAUCGAAGCGAGGUGUUCCGAAUGUGUAAAUCAAACGACGACAAUCUUUCGACACACUCAUGUUGAAAAGUGUUCGACGACUGGUCGCUGUAAGAUCGGCCCUUAAAUCCAUCUCUGCAGUUCGUCACUGUAGCAGCACUUCUCCACUGGAAUAUCAUUCCAAACCUCUCAGGUUUACUCAGGCCAACAUGGACGUAAUACUCCUUCCUGCUCUCAAGGACAACUACAUGUACCUCAUAAUAGACCAGGCUACCAAAGAAUGUGCUUGUGUGGACCCAGUUGAACCAGAAAAGGUUCUCAAUGCUGUAAAAGAAAUGGGUGUGAAGUUGACUACACUCAUGACAACACAUCAUCACUGGGAUCAUGCUGGUGGUAACAAAGAAUUAGUAAGCAAAUGUCCGCAGCUCAGUGUGUUUGGUGGUGAUAAGCAGAUAGAUGGGCUAAAGGAAAACGUAGUUCAUGGUGAUGAGUUCAAGAUCGGCCAGUUAAAUGUACGAUGUUUGCAUACACCUUGUCACACAACUGGUCAUAUCUGCUAUUAUGUCACUGCAGGUGAGGGCGAAGACCCAGCUGUCUUUACAGGAGACACCCUAUUUAUAGCCGGUUGUGGCAGAUUCUUUGAGGGCACACCAGAAAACAUGAAGACUGCACUAAUUGACAUACUUGGAGAGUUACCCCCAAAAACUAAAGUUUACUGUGGCCACGAAUAUACAGUAAACAAUCUCAAGUUUGCACUAAGUGUGGAACCAAAGAAUCAAGACAUGAUUACUAAAAUGGCCUGGGCACAGACAAAAAGGAACGAAAACAAGCCAACAAUUCCCUCCACAAUUGGAGAUGAAUUUAAAUUCAACCCUUUCAUGAGAGUCAGGGAAGCGAGUGUAAUGAACUACACUGGUACAUCAGAUCCUGUCGAAACCAUGGGAUUCUUGAGGAAGGCCAAGGAUAAGUUCUAGUAUGGAUAGCUUAAGUCCCUUCAUCAUUGUACCACCAUUUACAAAUGAACAUAUCUUACUUUCAUCUUCAAUUUGUUUCAUUAUGUUAACAAAUUGGCUGAUACAUGCAAAUCUUAAUUCAAUUAAUGCAAAUUUUAUCUUAGAUCAUAAAAGUGCUUUUUUAACUUCGGAAAUGUAAAGUUCUAGAAUUUCAUAUUUAUGAUCUAAUGUUUGCUAAAAUUGAUUGCAAUUGAUUGUAAUGCUGACUUUAACCUGUUAAGACAGAAACCUGUAUAUUGUGAGAGCCUGUGUAUUUGUCACCAUUGGCAUGUAAGGCUUGAAUGCAUUUUUGGUGGUGUAUAUGCUUAUAUGAAUGCAUUUAGCAAUAUUCAGUGGCAUGUGUCCAUAAGCUGUCAGAGCUAGUUUGGAACUCAUGGAUUGGAUGUGGGUCAUAUUGAUGGAUCAUACAUGAAUUAAAUUUUAUAUGAAAUUAUCAAAAAAGUGUGAGAUUCUAUUUAAUAUGAAAUAUUUGGUGCAUUUAGAUUUAAUGCAAAACAAUAUAUAUAUAUAUUUCAGACUGAUAUCUAAAUUACGUGGUCUAGUGUCUUGACUGCUGAACUUUCACUACUGGAUAUCAUAUUGAAAGUAGAUUGAAGUAAAUUUAUGUGAAUCUGUGAAGGCCCAUGCUGUAAACAGAGAAUUAUUGGAACUUGGUGUCAAUCACAUCUCCAAUAUAUCUUAUUUAACAUAUGUUAAUUAUACAAUGAAUGCAAUAUAUGUUACUAACAAAUGAUACUGUUUAAUAAUAAUGAUAUAGGUGUUAUAGAUAUUCAACAGGUAGUAAAGACACCGUAGCAGUAAUGGUAAAGUGCAGCAGCUUCCUUAUACCACUCUGGUCUCACAGAGUUAUUUCCCUUUGUUUGACUCUCUCUCUCUCUCUCUCUCUCUCUCUCUCUCUCUCUCUCUCUCUCUCUCUCUCUCUCUCUCUCUCUCUCUCUCUCUCUCUCUCUAUAUAUAUAUAUAGAGAUAAAUUUAAGGUUAACAGCCAAGGUGAGGCGAGAAUGUCUGAUACUGGAUACUAGCUGUUCUAUAAGUCAAAAGAGAACAGUUGACUUAAAUUACUGUAAAUACAAAAUAUCAGUAUCAAAUGAUUACCAGAAACGAGGACAAAAGAGGUAUUGAAUUUGUAUUUUCAUUCUUGUUAUGUUAUUAAACUCUGACCUGUGUUCCAGAUAAAUGCUCUGUUUAUUCAUCAUGUAACUGUUAUACUGUUAUAGAACUACUAUGUAUAUACACUGCAGAACAAAAUGUUAUAAUACAUUUGAAUAAGUCGGAUAGUACCAUUGUGGUGAUGUGUUUAUACUACACACUCUUGUAUUGUAUUUAGUCCGACUUGGAUGUCGUAGACAGUGUAAUAUUUUCAGAUGAACAUUUACAUAUUUUGAUUUUCUUCAGAAAUACAGCUUGAAAUUGAAGAAAGUGGUUUGUGUGAUAUUCUGUUUGAACAGGUUUUAUGCUCAAGCAUUUUUUUUUUAUCCCAAUGCAGGUCAAAAACUUUGUACAAUAUACUUAAACAGUAAUAGAAGAGAAUGACAAUUCAUAUUUCUAAUUUUUUUAUGCUCUUUUGAUGAGAAUGUGAAUUUCUUAAAAAAAUCUCCAGGCAUUGAUGGUAAAGUCUAUUGCUUUAUUUUAGAAUACUAUUUGUUUGUUUGUGGUUUUUUGUUGUUGUUGUUGUUGUUUAAAAUCUAUUUCAUUUAAAUUCCAGUGCUUUAAGGAAUAUCUACCCCUAUUUAUUGCAGGCUGCAUAAAAGAAGUUACAUUCAUAAAUAUUGUAGUAUGGUUGACUUUAGUUGUAAAAAAAAGUCAGUUUUAAAGUAGUUAAACUUGCUGUCUUGUGAAUAAGCACUAGGAGAAAUGAAUUCAGUAUUUCUGACUUGAUUUCAGGAGUCUGAUGAUAUGUUGAUAACACAUCAGUAUAUUCAAAAGGAAUUUAAGGCUGAAGUGUAGAAUUGAUCAACCACAAAAAUUUGUAAAAUAAAUUACUACAAUAAUUUCCAUUUUACAGUAUAUGUAGAUCAGUUAAUCAUAAACAGAUAACAGUGUUUGGUAAUCAGAAGUUAUUUAUAUGUCCUUAUAUACUAUCAGGUGUCAUUUUACUACCAGCUGUGGGUCAGAGGGAGAUUUAUGGUGAAAUUAGCCAUUUUAUUGUUUUACUCCAUAUCAGUCAAGAUUUAAAAUCUUUUACCGAAAUAGUAAUAUCUUAUACUCCCUGAUGGUAUUAAAGAAUUAUUAAAAGCUAUAGUUGCUAUGGUUACCUGUUGAAAUUUGCAAAUGUUGGGGACAAUUGGACUUUUUGGAUUGUGGACUGAUUGGGAAUUAAAUAGAAAAAGAACAGGUGACACAAUUGGUAAUAAUGUGAGGUUGUACAGUGUACAUAUUCGCUCUGAUCUCAUGAUUGUUUGUAAGCCUGUUUCUUAUUAACAUUUUACCAUCUUCUAUUAUCACUAAAUAUCAGGGAAUUAUUCCAAUUACAACCCCGAUGUUUGUCAUCCCAAAGGGACAACAAAGACUAUUUAAUCAACAUUAAAUUAAGACAUUUAAA